AUUUCUUUUAGCUAAGAAAUAAAGUAAUUCGUCUCGCACGAUAUAAGUGAUUGAUAAAUAGUUACGAUGGUAAUGUUUAAAUUAUGUCAAAUAUUCAUCGUUGUUAGCGCAGCUCAUCUAGCAGUCAUAGAAUCUGAGCCAAUUCCACAGGGUUACGGAGCUGGAUUUGGAGUCCAAGGUGGGUAUGGGGGGCAAGGAGGUCAGUCGGGCGGGUUAUUUGGACAGGGAGGAGGUGCCGGAGGACAAAGUAGUUUUGGAGGACCAGGAGGCAAUUUUGGUGGGCAGAGUGGUUUUGGAACACCAGGAAAUGGUUUCCGUGGGGUUCCCGGAAAUUUUGGAACACCCGGAGGAUACGGCGGACAAGGAGGAUUUGGAAAAUAGAUGACAUUUUGAAAUGAUUACUUCGGGAAAAUAAAU